AUUUAAUUAUAUUUAUCAUUUAUAUUUAUGACUUUUUUGGAAGACCCAACGUUAAAGAAAAUGCAGACCUGAUCUGUAAACUAAAUUUUAAUGCAUUACUUUGCUUACAACAGUGAAAAAGGAUACCCUAACUUCUAUCUUAUGUAUUACUUUGUACUGAGGCUGUCUACAUUAUUCCUGUCUUGACGCUUAAGUAACCUUAUUGCAUGAAACUUAUUUUCGUAUAAAUCUUAGAGCAAGGCUUCCUAACCACAAAACAAGCUGCUUCUUCUUCUUCUCCUAUGGAUAACCAAGAAGAAGAUCCCAAGCAACCUCCAAACAAAUUUCCUGAUCUAACCGUCUUUGAGCAAGCAAAUUCAGAAGUUGCUCUUGCUGCCUCCCAAGCUAAUUCCCAUUUUCCCCCUCGUAUCCAUGAUUUGGCCUCCUCAAGGUUUUCCAUGAUGGAAAGUGAUGGAGAAUCUGAAGAUGAAGAUGAAGAUGAAGACGAAGACGAAGAAGGAAGAAAUGAUAACUACUACGAGUAUUUCGAUAGCAAUGGGUUUGGAGAAGAUGAAGAUGAAAUCAAUGAGUAUCUUGAGGACCAAGAAAGCAACUCUUACGUUGAGGAGGAUGAUUUCCUGGAGGAAGAAGACGAGAUUGACCCCGACCAGUUGUCUUACGAGGAACUGAUUGCACUUGGAGAAUUCAUCGGAGUUGAAAAACGUGGCCUGACGCAGAUCGAAAUCUCCACGUGUCUGAAGCCAUCUAGCUACGUAUUUUCACAUAACAAAAACGAGAUUGAUCGUUGUGUGGUUUGCCAAAUGGAGUUUGAAGAAGGAGAAUCUUUGGUCGUACUCCGACUUUGUAACCAUCCGUACCACUCUGAAUGUAUAACCAAAUGGCUUCAGACAAAGAAAGUUUGUCCCAUUUGCGGCUCUGAACCAUCUCACGGAUAAAAUCUCGGAGAUAUUUCAAUCAUCGAUUAGAAACACGUCGCCAAAAUUCAUUCUUCACUUUAAAAAGUUCUAUACAUUCUUCAGUUGUACUUGUCUCAUAAUCAUACAAACUUCGUCUUGAUAUCAUACAUCGCAAUUUAUACUUUUAGCCUCGUGAAUGUUUUUCUAUAUGUGAAAUUUUAGUCUCUAGUUACAUUAACCCAUUCUAUUCAUACUUAUUUAUACU